CUCGGAGCCCACUGAUUGGCUCGCCAAGCUUUGCUGAUCGCAGCUGCCGUGAUGGCCAAAAGCCCGGAGGUGAAGCUGGCCAUGUUCGGGAGAGCGGGAGUGGGAAAGUCAGCUUUGGUGGUGAGAUUUCUAACCCGACGCUUCAUCUGGGAGUACGACCCAACACUUGAAUCCACAUAUCGGCAUCAAGCCAACAUUGAUGAUGAGGUUGUUUCCAUGGAGAUUCUGGACACUGCAGGGCAGGAGGAUAUCCAGCAGAAGGAGAGUCACAUGCGUUGGGGUGAUGGAUUCAUCAUAGUCUAUGACAUCACAGACCGGGGAAGCUUUGAGGAGGUGGCACCUCUUCGGAGUCUCCUAGAGGAGGUGAAGAGGCCGAAGAAUGUCCCUCUGGUUCUAGUGGGCAACAAGUCAGACCUGGACCAUGUCCGGCAGGUUGGCACAGAGGAAGGCGAGCGGCUGGCAGCUGAGAUGGCAUGCGCCUUCUAUGAAUGCUCAGCAUGUGCCGAUGAGGGUGGUGCGGUACCCGAGGCUUUCCACGAGCUCUGCCGCGAGGUGAGGCGCCGGAAGGCCGUGCAGGGCAAGGCCAGGCGCCGCAGCUCCACCACACAUGUCAAACAGGCCAUCAACAAGAUGCUGACCAAGAUCAGCAGCUAGGGAAGACCCAGAAAAUCAUCUGAUCACACGAGAACAAAAAUAUAUACUUUUUUGUAAAUGUUUUAAACAAUUAUUGGUUCCAAAAUGGACAAAA